AUUUGUGUUUCGUUCAAACCCAUCAAUAUGAUUUCUAAAGUACUUUCUGUCUGUGCUGUAGUGGCUUUCGCAAACGCAGGAGUCAUACAUACAGGACACCGCCACCCUUCAGUCGCACUGAACCCAUUUCAACCAGAGUUGGCUAAUUUAAUCGCCAACCCAUCUAUUCCCUUAAAUUAUCAAUACCCCUUUAACUAUCCAGCCAAUCUGUACCCCAAUCUGCCCCAGCAAUACCAAUAUGCCCCAACUAACUACCCGUACACCUUGGCCCCACUCCAAUACGCGCCUGGAUUUGAAGAUCUGGCCGUUAACGAGCCAGUAGUGUAUGUAGAACCUGUAUUACGAUCACAUCAGCACGUGAUCCCAGAGGCUAUUAUCGAAGCGAAACCGGAAAUCGAGGAAAUACCUCACUACCUGUUUGCCUAUUCCGUCAUGGACAACCAAACUGGAGACAACAAGCAACACCAAGAGAGCCGGGAAGGUGAUGUUGUCCGCGGCGAAUACUCACUACUGGAGUCUGACGGAACUCUACGAAGAGUUGAGUACAUCGCUGACCCCGUGAAAGGUUUCAACGCUGUGGUUAGUCGCACAAAGCCACAGGAAACGGAAGCUAAAGCCUGAUCUCAUUUCAGUUGCAGUUUAUUGUUUCAACUACGUCAUAUUUUUUUGUUUUCUUUAUUGUUUUAUUAAAUAGUAAAAUUGUUUAU